UCUUUUUUGUCUUGAAGAAAACCCACGUACGCUAAUUGUUUGAGAUCUGGAAGCUGUGAGGGGAAGCGGAUUGAAGUGGUAAUGUCGAAUGAAGAGCCCUGUAAAUCUGAAUUGAGCUAAUAACGAGUAGAAUUAUCACGAGGCGAUUUUAUAGGCUUCAUUUCUGAGCGCUUCAAAGUCAAUUCCGCCGUCUUGAGCAGCUUGACGAGGGUUGAGAUACCCUCUCAUAACUCUCCUUCAGACUCAAGAUUCAACCUCCGUCAUCCAUCCCAUUCAUAUCGUUACGCCGACUUGGAACCAUCAACUCAUCCCCCCCUCAAAAUGCCCCUCCAAAUCCCCCCUCCACCACACCCCAUCCUCAUCACACCCACACCCCUCGCACAAUCAACAUUCUCCCCCUUCGGAACCGUAAUCGCCAACCCACAACCAACACUCACUCCCUCCUCAACCCUCUCCCCCUCAUCCCUCCCCCCCAACGCCGUCCCAGCAAACCAAGGCUCCGCACUCAAAUACCAAGACGUCACGCACAUGCGCGAUCUCUACGCCCAAGCACCGAGUAGGGUGUCGUCAAAGGCGGUUAUGAAUAUGUUUGUUUGUGCGCCGAGGAGGCUGUUAUCAGUUAGGGAAGGCAGGUUUGGGAGUGGAGAUAAUGCAACAGAAAAAGAUGGUGGUAUCUUCCCCAUCUCAAUCCUAGAACGCCACCCCUACACAACCCAAACGUUCAUCCCUCUCGGCCUGUCACCCACCCACGCCCACGAACUCCAGUACCUCGUCAUCGUCGCGCCAUCAUUACCUCCUUCUGAACUCGACUCACAAUUUCCCGUUCCGGAUUCGAAUUCAAAGUCAAAUUCAAAUCUAAAGGGCGAGGAUAGGACACCUUUACCGGGCAGAGGACUCCCUGAUCUAAGCAGGAUACAGGCGUUCCUCGCGCAUGGUGGACAGGCCGUCACGUAUGCGGCGGGGACGUGGCAUGCGCCUAUGGUGGUGCUGGGGAGGAGGCCGGUUGAUUUCGUGGUUGUGCAGUUUGCUAAUGGGGUGGGAGGAGAGGAUUGUCAGGAGGUGGAGUUUGGGUUCGAAGGGGAGCAGGGUGAUGAGAAGGAGCAUAGGAGGAUUGGAGUGCUGGUCAAGGGGAUGGGGAUAGGGAUGGGGAUGGGGAUGGGGAUGGGGCAUGAGAGGAGGGGUCGUGCGAAGUUAUGAUGAGGCUUGGAUUGGCAUUGGGUAUUAUAUGAAGACAUGGAUUGUCUGCGAGAAGAAGCUUCAGAAAAGUAUGACCUGGCCAGAAUGGUGAAGAUGCUAUCUGAACAACAUGGUCGAAGGAUUCAGCGUCGAAGAUCUGAAGGCGGACUUUGGUUAGCAUGGAUAUUUCUGACCUCAAGAACUCUUGUUUCACAGAGACAAAGAGCAGAUAUGUUGAGGCCUGGUCUCCAGAGAUCAGUAUACAAGAAACAUAUCUAUAGCUGAAUAUCUGAAUAUCAAAGCUUUGAGGCAGAAUAAAUUCUCCCUCUCUAACCCCUUUCCAAGACCUCAAGCAGGUCAUCCGCUUGAACCCCCAAAAUGGGAAAUUACAAUGUCAAGUAAAUCUCACGUACGUCAACUACAACCUCCCUCCAACGCUCCCCAGCUUUCACUCUACUACACCUCAAUUCUAUUUCCAUUUCUGAUUCCAUUUCCAUCUCCAUCUCUAAUCCUCUGAAAACCCUUCUCAUAAUCACACCAUUCCAGCACAACAUAUCUAAGCCUCGGUUCCCAUCUACAGUACGUACCCAUAGCACCACCAAGACCCACAAAUACCUGCCUCCCUACCUAGGCGAGCAAGCGUCCAGGCGUCCAGGCGUCCAGGCGUCAGGGGCUAAUUUCCCAGGUCACGACCUGUCUCAGUUGACGACAACAACA